UAGUUAGUAAACUCGCAAGGCUAUCCUAGAUAGUGUUCACAGGUGUGCGCAUAAUGUGAGUGUAACAGUUGGUUUCUGUUAGUACGUUGGAACCCUAUAGACACUGGCAGGAAUGUGUACGGAUAUCUAUGGCAAGGCACUGUUAUUCGUCGAUUCAUGCUGGCACGUGCCAUUUUCUCUCUCUUUCCCUCUCCCUCACUUCUUACACAGUACUAGAUAUGUACACACUCUAUUACUGCUGCUUGUGGUGUCUUGGGCUGCUUUAUAGACCUGGACAAGAUCAACCUCAAUCACUUUGCACGAUUUCUGAACUCGCUAGGGCAUCUGAGACCGUGGUAGACUGGCCCUCGUCGUUGCUUCAACUCUACUUCAUCGCUGCCGCCAUCCUCCCAUCUCUACUCCUCUUGCUGUUCGUCGUUACCAUAGACCUUGUCGCUCUUCCUGCCCUCGUCGCUCCUACCGCGCUCGUCGUGGCUCCUCGUCUCGACACUCCCGUCUCUCUUUACUCUCAACUGCCUCACCUGGACCGUCUCCUCUACAUCCAACUCUUCGCAGCGCUCAACCGCCAUCAGCAAUUACUCGCUUUCAUCACUCAUCCAUCGCUUCUCAUCACGCUACAAACUACCAUCGCUCAUCACUACCCGGUCAUACCUCGAAGCCAUCGUCCAGCUAGCCUCUUUCAGCAUUCACGCCUCCAGCAACGAGUCGGCCUUAUUUCAUUCACUACGAAGCUCGAACCGGCACAGAGGCCAUCCACAUAUCUCCAUCAGUUUGCCAAAGUCGAGAGGUGGUUUGACGCGAUGGCAGAGCGAUACAGGGCCUGGACGGAUGCAGAGGACGCCAUCAUUUUGAAGUCUAACAGAACCGCCAUGAGCUUUGAAGAACUAGUAGAGGAGCUUAUGACAGUGGCGGAGCUCAGAGACUUUGAUGAAAUCCUAGACCGACAAGAGGAACUAAGACGACAGUCGAGGCACGCUGGCCCAGGAUCGCAAACGACUCCAUCAUUGCCCGCAACGCAGCAGCCCGGCAUAUCCGUGCAGUCUGUCUAUUUUAAUCCGGAACAGUACAAUCUGGGAGUCAUACCGCCACUAUUCCCGGCAACUUAUAUCCCUUAUACUCCGAAACGACACGACCCGGGAGGCAUACUGCAACCAUCCCCACUAGGUUAUGUCCGUUAUGAUUCGGAACGACCCAACCGGCGAGGCAUACUGCAAUCAUCCCCAGCAGCUUAUGUCUGUUAUUAUUCGGACCGACCCCCAGUAGCUAUUGUCCAUCUUGAACGACACAACCUGGGAGGCAUAUUGCAAGGAAACCCGCCACCGGUCGAGUCAGAUGCUGGAUUACGCUCGGAACCGUCUGCAUCACUGGGCAGGCCGAAGACAUUUAAAGCGCAGGCCAAUCAAGGCGAGCCGCAAUGGCAUGAUUCGGCAGCCGCAGCCAGCCAGCGACGGCCCAUGGUACGGUCUGAACUAUUGCGCUCGGCCACAAUGUAUCCUGAUACUAGGUCUUCGAACGGGUACUGGGCACUUUCCGAGGUAGCGAAAAUUAUCAAGGGGGGAGACGAAAAGAAAGACUGGAGGGAGAUAUGGGACACAUAUUUCAAGUACGAUAAUCUCGGAGACCGAACCCCUCAAGCACUGGAAAGGAAAGUACGAUUGAUAAGAAACCUCCCACUCGCUGAGCAGCAAAAGAUACGCGACGACUUGGUGUUCAAUGGGGUUAUGGUGGAUAGAACAGCUAGUAACAACUAGGCAGGUCUGCCUCAGCGCGGCGACGAUUUUUGGUCGCUACUAUGAGGGAUUUCUAAGUCCGCU